AGUAAAAUGGCUGAGCAGCAGCAGCAGCAGGGGUUGUUGCUGGACAGAGAUCAGUUUUGUUGUUCAAUCUGUCUGAACCUCCUCAACCAGCCAGUCACUCUUCACUGUGGACACAGUUACUGUAGAGAAUGUAUAGAGAGCUGCUGGGACAAGGAUGAAGAGAAGGGAGUGUACAGCUGUCCUCAGUGCAGACAGACCUUCAGUCCGAGGCCUGCCCUUGGGGAGAACACCAUGCUGGCUCAGAUUGUGGAGAAUCUGAAGACAACAGGGAACCAGCAGGCCUCUCCCUCUGCAGAUGUGUCCUACGCUGGCCCCACAGAUGUGGCCUGUGAUUUCUGCACAGGGACUCGACCCCACAAAGCCCUUAUGACCUGUUCGGUGUGCCAGGCCUCCUACUGCUCCACUCACCUCCAGCCUCACUACACUGUUCCUGUGCUGAAGAAGCACAAGCUGGUCUCUGCCACGGCCCGACUGCAGGAGAAGAUGUGCUCCAGUCAUGACAAGCUGAUGGAGGUGUACUGUCGUACAGACCAGCAGUGUAUCUGCUAUCUGUGCACCAUGGAUGAACAUAAGGUCCACGAUACAGUGUCGGCUGAAGCAGAAAGGGCUGAGAUACAGAAACGGCUGGAUGUUAGUCGCCAGAAAGUCCAGCAGAGAGUCCAGGAGAGAGAGAAGGAGAUUAAGAGGCUGAGACAGGCUGUGGAGGAUCUGAAGAGCUCUGCACAGACCGCAGUGGAGGACAGUGAGAGGAUCUUCACUGAGCUGAUGGCCUCCAUUGAGAAGAGGCGCAGCGAGGUGAAGGAGCUCAUCAGAGCCCAGGAGAAGACUGCAGUCAGUCAGAUUGAAGAGCUUCUCCUGCAGCUGGAGGAGGAGAUGGAAGAGUGGAGGAGGAGCGAUUCUGAGCUGGAGCAGCUGUCACACACUGACGACCACAUCCAUUUCAUUCAGAAAUUCAAGUCUCUCUCCCUCCCGGCUGGUUCUCUGGACUCUCCGAGCAUUGAUGUCCGUCCUCUGCCUUACUUCAGAGAUGUGACUGAUGCUGUGUCUGUCCUCAGAGACAAACUAGACCACAUCAUGACACACACAUGGCCCAGGAUUUUAUCUCCAGCGUCUGCUGUAGAUGUCUUACUGCCACCAGAACCAAAGACCAGAGAAGACUGUUUACUCUAUUGUCGUCCUCUCACGCUGGAUGUGAACUCUGUCCAUCAACGUCUCUCCCUGUCGGAGGACAACAGGAAGGUGACGUGGACACCACGAGACUUGAAUUAUCCUCCUUAUUCAGACAGGUUUACUGACUAUCACCAAGUGCUGUGCAAGGAGGGCUUAUCUGAACGCUGUUAUUGGGAGGUGACAUUAAGUGAUUAUGUUGAUAUAGCAGUGUCAUACAAAGACAUCAAAAGAUCAUCACAUGACUCAAGAUUUGGUGAUAAUGACAAAUCCUGGAGGUUAAUCUGCUCUGGGGGUCGUUACUGGUUCAUACACAAUGGUGUAGCAACAGAGGUGUCAGGUCCUUCCUCCUCCAGAGUAGGAGUGUUCCUGGACCACAAGGCAGGUGUUUUGUCUUUCUACAGCGUCUCUGACACAAUGACCCUCCUCCACAAAGUCAACACCACUUUCACUCAGCCUCUCUAUCCUGGACUUGGACUGUGGGAUGAUGGAGCGGUUGCAGAGGUGAUGAAGUUCUGGUAGGGAAGAUCUCGGUUACGUGUCAGGAUUUGUUCUGCGUUUGAAAUAUAUGAUUGGAAAUAGUUGAUGAGUGGGAAGGGCAGAGCUGUCCUCAGAGGAAGAUGUGUUUGGUGAACGGGUUUCUUUAACCAAUUUCAUUUCUUUGUCUCGUUUUCAAAAGAAUCUCAGUUCUUAUCCAGGGGGACCAAACGGGCGCUAAAAAGCAGCAACUGAUGGAUCUGGUUUGAUCAAACUGAGAGUGUAUGUAGCACUGUAGAUGUUGACAGUUGACUAGGACCAGUUCUAGGUUCAUAGGAGCAGUUUAUAACUAGCAUCAAAUGAUUGCAGACCACAGACCAGGGAAUAAAGUUUGAACUACCGGCUUGGUUUUAUAUAAAGAAUUGUAACAUAGACAGAGAAACAUACACAAUUACACAAUAACACAGUGAGAAUGGAUAAAUUCCUUGAAACCUCUUGUGUUAUGAUUUAACCCUUAUUAAAUCACUAUUUUGAGCUUCAGUCCUACCACAAUCCAGGUGCUCGAAUCUGUAGGCUACUGUCCUGAGAAUGAGCUGUCUGAAGCCGCAGACAGACCACAUGGAUUCAGCAGGGCUCCUAUAGGUGGCUCGCCAUCUUGUUUCCAGCUUGGGGUAAGAAACACCAGGCGCAAUCUUCCCAAUCCAAGAAAAAAACCUGGCCUGCAUUGUAACAGGUACAUCACACAUGCAAAGACAUUAGUUUACAUAUCUCUCAAUAAAAUAAUCAAAAGAAAACAACAGAAGUACCGAUUGACAUAGUCAAUCUACCAACCGCUAAAACGUGACGCAGUUUAAUUUCUGUGCCAAUACACCAUGCCGCUGCGGCCUAACUGGAAGUAGCUAGCUUAUCAAUUCGGUUUGCACAAAAGAAAAAUACAUUGUGAAUUCGGUUUACAAAAGAAAAACGUAGCUCCUCAAUAAUCUUUACACAAAUUAUGAUCUACAACAUAACUGAGCUACUUAUAGCUUUAACUAGCCUAUGCACACAGACACUGAAAAAGGAAAAGUUCAGCUAGUGAGCAAUUGACUCACCAAGUCCUGGAUGACUCUCGGACACAACACAAAACCCAGGGCUCAGAGGAUGACCAAACCAACAAAAUACUCAAUUUGGAUAAAGAAAGAACCAAUUGUAGCUCACUGCUAUUUCAAAGUAGAAUCUUCUAUCUCUCGUUCCAGUGGCUUCUCUCGAGCGUUUGCCUGGCGUUCUGAAAGCUAGCUGGUUCUGGGACGUCGUCCCUCUCAAGCAAGGCAGCUGUUUGGCUAAUCAGCACUGCACACGCUGCGUUCAAGAAAUAGCAAUCUGAACCAACAAUAUGAAUAUGAAUUUAUUGGUACCAUGAAUUACUUAUCCACGGUUUACUAUUUAUUUGCAAAAUUAAUAAUUAUGAUUAUUUAUUAUGAUUCAACUGUAAUUAUAUAUAGGUUAUUUUAACCUGGGUUAUCUUGACCUGGGUUACACGAAGGAAGGUUAAUUCAGCCCCACACACACAGACUGAUAAAUAAAGCCAGUUUUAAAGCUUCUUUUAGUCUUAGUAAAGAUGCUGGUUGUUAUGGAAGAGCGAGGCGAAAGAAAUCAAACUAGUGAUGAUUGGUAUUGUAACUUCUUCAUCCUGCAGCACAUUUUUGUAGUCAGGAUGGUGUUUUCUUUUCAUUCUUGUCAGAUAACAGUGUGAAAAUCAAAAUGUAUGAAAGGAGUAUACGUUAAAUGGAUGUUAUUUAGCGACUCACAGCUUGUUUGUUGUUGCUCAAAUCAGCAGAAUGUGUUUCAGACAGACAGGGAGGUAAAAACAUGGUGUGUAAACAUCCAGAUGGAAGAUUGUGUGUGGUUGAUGUUUAAUAGAUAGACGCUGAAUGAUAACAUCCACAUCAGAACAGCACAAACCUCGAUGGAUCAGAUGAGGUGUUAAAAGACUUCCCCCUGCUAUUAGUUUACCCCUUCUCUCUCUUCCUCUCUGAAAUCCCCUUUAGCUUCACUGUAGAAUUUACUGGAUUCACGUUAUGAUUGUGUGUUGUAGAGAAAUGUUUAUGACAUGUGCGACUUUAAGAAUAUACGAGUCAGGUUCCUGUUUAUUGAUGGUUUCUGUGUGAUGUUAAAUAAAGUGGUGUUUUGUUCCUGAUAACCUGUAAAUAAAAGCUAUAUUUUAUUCAGUGUGUGUGUGU